AUGGGUACUUGCGUUUCUGCUAAUUCAGCUAAUAAAGUAGUCUCAAUCAAAAUAGAUAACACCAAUUCUAGAGAAACUGAGCACUCUCCUGCUGAUAAACGGUACAGUAGUAACCCGAAUAGAAAAAUCCUUCUAGACUACUAUGCAGCAGCCCGCAGCCAAAUGCAUAGAAAAAUUAAACAAUUAUUCGAAAUCAUUUUUUCAGGAGACCACUUAGACACCAAAGAAAUUAAUUUAAAUUUCACAAAAAUUGAUGUAGUCAGCAUUUAUCAUUUAAAAACAGUUCUACAGUAUUUUGAGAACUUAAAAUCUCUUUGUCUGUGGAAAACUGGGAUUGUAUCAAGAGACUUAAAAAGACUCUCCAAAUCGUUUGAGACGUUGACUAAGCUUGAAACUUUAAACAUUCAAGGGAAUAAUAUUGAUACAGAAGGUGGAAAAUAUUUAUCAGGGAUUCUUCGCAAAACUAAGCAGCUUAAAGUGCUUUAUUUGAGCGAAAACCAAUUAGGCUAUGAAGGGUGUAUUAGUUUUGCACCAUGCUUGAGGUCAAUUUCAAAUUUAGAGCAGCUAGCUUUGGAUGAGAAUAAAAUCCAAGAUGAAGGGCUAGCAGCACUUGUACCGAACUUGCUUGCUAUGACGAACUUAAAAUAUUUGGGGUUAAGAUAUAAUGACUUAACUGCAAAUUCUAAAAACAACUUAGAACUUUUGGUAACAUCAUUAGCAAACUUAAAAACUAUUGGGCUGAGAGAUAAUGAAGUUCCUGAUAGUGUGAUACAGGUCAUUAAAUUCCGUGCUCCAAAGAUAGAGUUUCUUUAA